GCCCAAUCCUGCCGCCCCAGAAGCUUUUUUGCCCGCAGCCAACAUGGUGCAGUCAGCUGGCGACCUCAGCGCGUUCAACAUCCAACAUGGCUUCGUGGAGGCGCUUGUCCGAGGGUAUCGCAGUGGUUUCCUCGACGAUGUAGACUACCAUCACCUCACCCAGUGCGAGACGUUGGAAGAUAUCAAACUCAACUUGCAAGAAACCGACUACGACCAGUUCUUGCAAGACGUUAGCGGCGCCGUCACCCCCACCGUGAUUCAAGCCGCCACGACCAAGAAGUUUGUCGACGAGUUUGUCUUUUUGCGCUCGCAAGCCAUGGAACCGUUGGGGGAGUUCAUGGACUUCAUCACGUACGAGUACAUGAUCGAGAACUUGAUGCUGCUCCUGAAGGGCACGAUCAACGGUCGUGACGUGAACGAAUUGAUUGCCCAGCUGCAUCCCCUCGGCAAAUUUGAAGACUCCAUCAUGCGCAGCAUCUGCACGUUCGAAAACAGCUCGAAGGGGUACGCAGACCUGUACGAGUGCGUGCUCAUCGACACCCCGAUCGGCAAGUACUUUCAGCAAUUCUUGGCUGAGAACGCAGCCGAGAACAGACUGGGCGAAGCGUCGCAAGUGCGCAACAUCUUGGAAGAAGUCCAAAUGGAGAUCAUCAAGAAUUCCAUGCUCAAGUUGUGGCUCGAAGACUUUUACACGUUCUGCCAAGAGGUGGGCAGCGAAACCGCCGUCAUCAUGGGCAUCAUCUUGCGCGCGCGCGCCGACCGCAUUGCGAUCAACAUCACGCUCAACUCUUUCGGCACGCCAUUGAAUGAACCGAGCCUUCGCAUCUCGGACCGAAAGCAGUUGUACCCGUCCAUCGGGGAGCUGUACCCGGCUGGUACUGAAGCGCUGUCGGAAGUCGGCGACGAAGCAUCGUUGGGGCUCGUUUUGGAGCCUCACCAAAUCUACCGCAAAAUUUGGGAAAUCCACCAAAGCGAGGGCGUCGACAACAAGUCGAUCGACGAUGCGUUUUACGAGCGCGACGUCAUGAUGUGCGAGCUCGCGUUCCAGUCCCAGAUGCACUUUGGCUGCUUCUACGCAUUUGUCAAGCUGAAGGAGCAGGAGGUGCGUAACCUCGUCUGGAUAUCCGAGUGCAUUGUCCAGAACCAGCGCGACGCGAUCCAAAACUUCAUCCCGAUCUUCAGCGAAAACGCCCCGUGGCGCGUCGCAGCCAAGGGCCCCGGCCACCAUUAGCGAGAUCCUUUCCUAGAUAUCGUGCAUCUCUACCCCGUCCGCGUCGGCGGCAUCCUCUUCCUCGAUUGAAUGGUCUUCAUGUUGAUCGUCGUGUGUUCGAUUUGCCCGGGACGCGCCAAGGAAGUCUAGUAAAGUUCGAUAGCUCCACAAAGUACGCAUAAUAUAUCUCCUGCAUUGUCUGUCCAUA